CCAAAAUUCACCCAAUUAGAGCCAAAAUACACACCCAAACAGGAAAGGAAUUAUAAUUUUCUUAUGCUUUUUCUAACAGAGGAGUUGGCGGUGCCCGGAACUGGGAAAGCGUCGCCGGAAUCCACAACCAGUUGCCGACUCACCAGUGAUGUUACGAUCAGCACCACGCGCCUACACAUUGCUCCAAGCCUUCAGCACCGCCAGUCCAACGGCCUGUAACAUCCAUGAAAGGCUGCGUCUUCUGUGCUCUCGCGGCCACCUCGUAGAAGCCUUCUCCCUGUUCUACUCACUGGACGCACCUCGUCCCCGAGAAAUUUACGCCACCCUAUUUCAAGCCUGUGCCGGCCAGCAAUGCCUCCGACUGGGCCUAUCUCUGCACCAGGAUAUGCUUGCCCACGAUCCCAAAACCCCACCCGACCUAUACUUGACUAACCAUCUCAUCAACAUGUAUGCAAAAUGCGGCGAAUUAGAGUAUGCCCGUCAACUGUUUGACGAAAUGCCGCAGAGAAACGUUGUUUCUUGGACUGCUCUCAUUUCGGGUUUUGCGCGACAGGGUAAGGCUAGUGAAUGUUUCAGUCUCUUUACCGGCAUGUUGGCUCAUUGCCGUCCGAACGAAUUUGCGUAUGCAAGUGUGCUCUCUUCGUGCGGAAUCAAUUGUGGUAGGCAGAUGCAUGCACUUGCCUUGAAAACCGCCUUUGAUGGUUAUGUUUAUGUUGGGAAUGCUCUUAUUACCAUGUACUCUAAUUGUUGUGGUUAUGGCAUUUAUCGUGAUGAUAAAGAUGAGGCUUGGAUGGUGUUCAGGACUAUGAAGUUUCGCAAUCUAGUUACAUGGAAUUCAGUGAUCGCAGGGUUUCAAAUUCGUGGACUGGGAGACCAAGCUAUGAAGUUUUUCUCCGUGAUGCACCUUAAGGGCAUUGCGUUUGACGGUGCCACGCUUCUCAGUAUCUUGUCUUCCUUGCUCCCCGAUGGUGUCAGUGAUGUUUCUUUGGGUCUUAAAUUUUGUUUCCAAUUGCAAUGUCAAGUGAUCAAAACCGGAUUUUCUGUUGAUAUUGGAGUGGCAACUGCGUUAGUGAAAGCUUAUUCAAAUUUGGGAGGAAAUGUUGCUGAUUAUUACAACAUCUUUUUGGAGACAAAUGGGAGUCGAGAUAUUGUUUCAUGGACAGAUAUGAUUGCAACAUUUGCAGAAAGGGACCCACAAAAAGCCCUCUUCCUUUUCCAUCAGUUGCGCCAAGAUGGUUUAGCUCCAGACUCUUGUGCAUUCUCCUCUGUAUUAAAAGCUUGUGCAGGGCUUAUGAGUCGGGUUUCUGCCUUGGCUCUCCAUUCACAAAUAGUCAAAUCUGGAUUGAAAGAUGAUGUAGUGGUUGCAAAUGCUUUAAUCCAUACCUAUGCUAGAUGUGGCUCAGUUAGCCUAGCCGAGCAAGUUUUUUUUGAGAUGGGGUUUCGGGAUACGAUUUCUUGGAAUUCAAUGCUGAAGGCCUAUGCAUUGCAUGGACAGGCCACAGAGGCAAGUGAGUUAUUUAGGCAGAUGAAUGUUAAAGCUGAUGCCAAUACAUUUGUAGCCCUCCUCUCAGCUUGCAGCCAUGCUGGAUUGGUGGAUGAGGGUGUUAAUCUUUUUGACACCAUGUUUGAAAAAUAUGGAGUCGUUCCUCAACUUUAUCAUUUUGCCUGCAUGGUUGAUAUGCUUGGGCGAGCUGGACAUAUUCUUGAAGCAAAUAAGCUUAUAAACAAUAUGCCUAUGGAACCAGAUUAUGUUGUGUGGAGUGCUUUUCUUGGGGCAUGCAGAAAACAUGGUGAAAUCAAUUUGGCUCGUUUAGCAGCUACUAAACUGAAGGAGUUGGAUCCUGAAAAUUCACUAGGCUAUGUUUUAAUGUCCAACAUUUACAGCUCAUCUGGUAUUUUUACUGAAGGAGGGUCUAUGAGGAGGGAGAUGAAAGGUCUGGGAGUUCAGAAAGAGCAAGGCCUAAGCUGGAUUGAAGUUGAGAAUCAGGUUAGUGAGGGUUCUUCUGGGGGUCAUCAGCAUGCUCAAGCAGAGGCAAUUCGCCACAAUGAGAAUGACAAGCAACUGUAUUACCUCGGUGAGAAGCUUGGUUUGGUUUUGGCUUUAUCAGAUGCAGGAAGCUUACAUGUCAAUGGAGGUGUUAUUUGCAUUAUGAGGAGCAUUGGCAUUGAUGUUGACUGUUGUAACUUUAUGAAAGUUGCACCACUGCAAGUUGAAAGGGAGAUUGUGGUGAGAGAUUCAAACCAAUUCUACCAUUUUAAACAGAGAGAAUGCUGUUGUUAUGAAUAUUGGUAAUCACUUGGGGUACCUGAUUGACGCCUCUUUCCAUCCAGCGGGCCAACAAAUUUCAUAUAAGUGGCUAAAGCCAAGUUCACUUUUCUUAUUUAUCUUGAUCUUUAUUUUCAAGCAGCGGAGUUUGACGCCGGAGUGUCUACUAUUUCCAACCUAAUGGACCUACAGAUUGACUCUAGUACCUGAAUUGCACAACUAGAUUGUGAAUCAAACUAAUGUAGGUAGAAUUUCCAUAAAUGUCAGAUAUUAGUGGAAACGCUAUCGAGCCAAGUCUUUUUUUUCUUUUUUCCCGUCUCAGGGGUCUCAAAAUGGAACUUACAAGAGGGAAUCAUGAGCUUUUAAAGCUAAAGAGGUCAGUGCAAUCCAUUUCAGCUUGUUUUCCGUGAUUGUGUCAACUAAAGUCAUAAUGGUUUUUCUUCUUGUGAAACCUUUCCGAAUUAAGUUUGAAAUGUCAAUCAUUGAUAAAUGUUACUGAUCAAAGUAAAAGUCUUGUUAGGUGAUUGAUUGUAUAGUUCUCUAGAACUAUUGAUGUCUUUUGAAACUGAGGUCCCCGCCUCUUCUUUGGAGGGUUAUUGCAAGAUUGGUUAAAGUAUGAUGUAAUGAAAGGAAGAAGUGAACUUAAUGGAAGUAAAUGUCAUAACCAAAAGAGUUAUUA